AUGUCAUCGUCAAUUCAACUACUUAACCCUAAGGCGGAGUCAUUCAGAAGGGCGCAGGCAUUACAAGUCAAUAUCAAUGCCGCUCAAGGCUUGCAACUGGUGUUGGCGUCUAACUUGGGCCCUAAGGGAACAUUAAAAUUAUUAGUUGAUGGAUCCGGAGCAUUGAAAUUGACCAAGGAUGGUAAAGUUUUGCUCAAUGAAAUGCAAAUUCAGCAUCCUACCGCUGUGAUGAUUGCUCGUGCAGCUACUGCACAAGAUGAAAUUACCGGAGAUGGAACCACCACUGUGGUUUUAUUGGUGGGUGAGUUAUUGAAGCAAGCAGAGAGAUUCAUUAGUGAAGGUAUACAUCCAAGAGUUAUCGUUGAUGGAUUUGACAUUGCUCGUGAAGAAAGUUUAAAGUACUUGGAUGAGUUCAAAACCAAAAUUGAAUCUUUCGAUCGUGAAUUUUUGUUACAAAUUGCUAGAAGUUCAUUGAUCACCAAAGUCAAUAAUGACUUAGCUGAUGUAUUAACUCCGAUUGUUACAGAUGCGGUAUUGACUGUAAAGCACGAUGACCAGCCCUUGGACUUGCACAUGAUUGAGAUUAUGACUAUGCAACAUGGCCAUUCAAAGGACACAGAAUUGAUCAAGGGACUUGUGUUGGAUCACGGUGCACGUCACCCAGAUAUGCCCAGAAGAGUGCCCAAUGCCCACAUUUUAAUCUUGAAUGUUUCUUUAGAAUAUGAAAAGACUGAGGUCAAUUCUGGGUUUUUUUACUCAUCUGCUGAACAACGUGACAAACUAGUUGCCUCAGAGCGUAAAUUUGUUGAUGAAAAAUUGAAAAAAAUUGUUGAUUUAAAGAACCAAGUUUGCGGCGAUUCAUUAAACUCUGAUCAAGGGUUUGUUAUAAUAAAUCAAAAGGGAAUAGAUCCAAUGUCAUUGGAUGUGUUGGCCAAAAAUGGAAUAUUAACUUUGAGAAGAGCCAAGAGAAGAAAUAUGGAAAGAUUGCAACUAGUUUGUGGAGGUGAAGCGCAAAACUCGGUCGAUGACUUGACCCCACAAGUUUUGGGAUACUCAGGAUUAGUUUACGAAAAUAGUAUUGGUGAAGACAAGUUCACCUAUGUUACUGAAAAUAAAGAUCCUCGUGCUUCUACCAUUUUAAUAAAAGGGUCCAACUCCCACACAUUACAACAAACAAAAGAUGCAGUUAGAGAUGGUUUAAGAUCAGUGGCUAAUGUAAUAAAAGACAAGAGUGUUAUACCUGGAGCUGGGGCAUUUUGGAUGAGUUGUAACAGCCAUCUACUCCAAGAUAAAAAGAUUUUAAAGGGUAAAAACAAGCCUGGUAUUCAAGCAUUUGCCGAAUCAUUGCUAGUGGUACCAAAGACAUUGUCUGCCAAUGCUGGUUUGGAUCAAUUAGAAACCAUAUCUACUUGUCAAGACGAUAUAAAUGACGGACAUGUUGUUGGUGUUGAUUUGAAGACGGGUGAGCCCUUGGAUCCAACUGUUGAAGGUAUUUGGGAUUCAUAUAGAGUUGUGAGAAAUGCAAUCAGCUCAGCUACCGGAAUUGCAUCUAACUUGUUAUUGUGUGAUGAAUUGUUGAAAGCAGGAAGAUCGAGCUUGAAAGAAGGUGGUGGUGGUGCUGGAGGUCCACCAGGUGCAGGGGGUGGAAUGCCUGCUGGUAUGCCACCAAUGGGUGCCCCAGGGAUGAUGUAG